AUGAGUACUAACAUACCGGAAAAAUCAAAUUGCGUUUUUUGCAAUAUUGGUAAUAAAUUAGAAAAUACAGAAAUUUUAUACGAGGACGAUGAAGUUUGCGUGUUCCGAGAUAUAAAGCCAGCGAGCGACUAUCACAUAUUAACCAUUCCAAAGAGACACAUAGAUGAUGCAAAGUCGUUGACUCCCGCUGAUAAGGACCUGGUAAACAAAAUGAUGUCCGUCGCAAAAGAACUACUUGUAAAAAACAACCUGUCGGUGGAAGAUGCAAGGUUCGGUUACCAUUGGCCACCUUUCCGUAGUGUGCGCCAUCUCCAUCUACACACCAUUGCACCAGAGUCCAAGAUGGGGCUUAUAGCUCGGAUAAUAUUCAAGAAGGACUCCUAUUGGUUUGUUUCGCAAGAAUAUGUAGAAUCAAGGAUAUGCUCGUGA